GACUCGAUUGGACGCGGCUGAUGCCUACGGACAGUCGGUUAGUUCCGAAACGAAGACUUUCUGUCAAAUUCCAGUCAAGUCCCCUGCCCAGCUAUGUCUGUCCUCCGCUGCACCCCCGCCGCCAUAUCCCUCCUCGCCCACCGUUUUCACCAUCGCCGAACCUUCGUUGAAGCCCGGAUCAAAUGGGUUCGAGACCCCUACCUCGACGAGGUCGUCCAGAGAGAGAAAAAUCUCAAACCCAUGCUCUUGCUCAAGAACCUCAUUCUCUCUGCACCCUCCAGAGCCCUUUCCAUUUCCGCCACCUCCGCCGCCAAAGUCGCCCUCAACCUCCCCACCACCGUCGCUAAAUUCUUACAGAAGUACAACUCUGUCUUCCAACAAUUCCAACCUCAUCCCAAAGCCCACCCUCACGUGCGCCUCGCGCCCCGCGCUCUCACCCUCCAUAAGGAAGAAAGUGCAAUCCAUGAUUCUCCGGAUCGUCGCGUAGAGGUCGUGGAGAGACUUGUGAAAUUUCUAAUGCUUACACGAGCAAGAAAGCUUCCGUUCAGUGUAAUCGAUCGCUUUAAAUAUGACCUUGGUCUUCCCCAUGAUUACCUUCUUACACUUCUCUCCGAUUUUCCUGAGUAUUUUGAGGUUUGUAGUUUGCAGGAUCGCUUGAAUGAGUCCGAAGUGCUUGGCUUGGAAUUGGUUUCUUGGAGAGAGGAUCUUGCGGUUUCGGUGAUGGAGAAGAGGGCAAUGAGUGAGAAUUGGGGGUAUAAGAAGGGUUUGCGGCUCUCCUUUGCCAUGCAAUUGCCUAAAGGGUUUGAUUUGGAGAAGAAGGUGAAGAAUUGGGUUGAUGAAUGGCAAAACUUGCCUUACAUUUCGCCGUAUGAGAAUGCAUUCCAUCUAUCCCCGAGUAGUGAUCAGGCGGAGAAGUGGACCGUGGCGGUUCUUCAUGAGUUGCUUCAUUUACUUGUGUCAAAGAAGACGGAAAGGGAGAAUGUGUUUUAUUUUGGAGAUUAUUUGGGGUUUGGGUCCAGGUUUAAGAAGGCUUUGGUUCAUCACCCUGGGAUUUUUUAUGUUUCGAAUAAGAUUAGGACGCAGACUGUGGUUCUCAGGGAGGGUUAUAGGAAGGACUUUUUGGUUGAGAAGCAUCCAUUGAUGGGUAUGAGGCAUCGGUAUAUUUACCUCAUGAACAAAGCAAAAAAGUGGCGUAAACCCCAUGUAGUUUUUGGUGCUGGGCAUAAAAAGAAGAUCAAUUCCAAGUCAAAUCAGACUCAUAAAAGCAGAAAAGAGCAGGAAGAGCAGUCCAAUGGCUUGUCUGAUUCUGAGUUAGAGGAUGCUACUAAUGUUGAGGAAAUGAGGUUGUAGCUCUUGAUUAGGGAUGUGAUGGCAGUCAGAGUGUUGCAGUCAACAGAUGAUAAAGAAUUGGGAAGCAUGAACUUGAGACAGGAAGGACAUGAGAUUUUUAUGUUUGAGAUAACUCAGUUGGAAAAUAGCACAAUCUGAUGAAAGAAAAUACUUGUGCAAUGCGUAGCGUGAGAAGUGCAUCUGGAGAGAUUUUGAUUGAGAAAUCUCAGUUGUAGAGUACCUCAAUUUGGACGAAGGAUAAAUUCCUACAACAUGUUUUGGUAAACAAGAAUUGUGUAAAGGUAAUAGAGCAAGCAGGUGACUAGCAAUAAACUAAACAAUGUGAGAAGAGGGGAGAUUAUUGCUUGAAUGCAGGUAUUAUCGGUGGUGGGAAUAUGACAAUCGGCUGACAUAUCAUAUGGUUGUUUGGUUUUAUCUAAAGGCAAACAGGUCAAGUACAGAGUCUCGUCUUUGUUCAACAUUUGUAAGGUUCUGUUGUCUACCUUGCUUUACUGCUCAUCAAGAAGAUAGAUAUGUUUAGUUCACAGCAAAUAGACUGUAAAAUAUGUCAUUUUAUAAAUUCAUAUAGAAAUAUUUCAGUUAGGAAACAUGGAAAUAUAUCUUUUUAAAUCUUAGUGUUAGGAUGCGAAAGAUCAUCCAUAGCUCAGAUUGCAUAAUUGUUGCAUGGUUUCCCAGGGAUUGAAAGAACUCUUGAAGAAAGAGACAUCCUCCUUGCCCAUCCCCAAAAACAGCUGCGUAAAUGUUUUUGUUUGGCUAUUGCUUAUGGGGCUGAGGUUAUUUGACCAUGCAUGAAAUUCAGGAAUAGUUGAAGGACCAAGAAGACAAGAUUCCAUCCCUCCCCCUCGUAAAAAUUGAUAAACAGUAAAUCUUGACUGAAUAACGAUACUGGCUACAGAGCUCAAUAUAGAAUAAACAAUCCUUUCUGCCAAACCAUGGUAUUUGAUGGAUGCUUGGGUGUCAAGAUGCAAAUAUACAAGGUUGGUAGGCCCCUUGUCCUAUUCGUACACUGCAGCAAUGAUUUAAUUUUUAUGAAACUAUUUGGGUUUUAUAGCUGAUGAAGAAUUCUAGCAUAAAUUCCCUGAGCUAUUAUUUUUAUUUCACAACCAAUCCAGUGCUUUGAGGCAAUAUGCCAUUAAUUUCCUCUUUGAAACUUGAUUUGAUUCUAAGAGUUCUUGAGUCAAUCUUGGAAAAAUAUAUUUGCUCCCACAAGCCUCGCUUGUCAAUUGCAAGGCUGUUCAGCAGAUUCACAGUUAAAAACCCACCUUCCAUGGAGUAAGCAAGCCAGGCCCCGCAUAUGGGCUUUUUGCCCCAUACAGAGAAGUCUUUCACUUACAUCGUAUUUUAACCAGUUGUGGUAGUUACAUCCAAUGUGCUGCCUAACUAGCUGAUACUGUCUUCUAGAAUUGAACCAAUAUCAUGUCAUAUAUUUGACAUUAUGGGUAGUCUUCUUGACAAUUACUCACUAAUGUUUGAUGAGCUUUCAUAAAAGCAUUUGACAUACAAGAGGGAGUUGGAACUUUAGUCAUGGUGAGGAAGAGAUGGAUGCAAUACCGGAAGUUGAUGACGAGCUAUUGUUGGAGAAAGUAAGGACCCAUGAUGAUAUUUGCGUGUUUGCUGCCUGGCUUCUUACUUUGCUGAAUUGAGACUUCUUCUUCCUCUUCUUCUUUUAUUUUUAUUUUUAUAAAUACAAGGGAUGAGGGGUGGGCCUUGGAUCAAUAGCAAGGUUGCUCCUUGUCACUGGUUGGUCAUGGGUUUGAGUCCAAGGAAACAACCUCUCUACAUAAAACUAGAGGUAAGGCUGCGUACACCAUGAUGACCCUCCCCUUGCCCUCGUGAAGUGGGGAGCCUUAUGGCUUAGGGACCCCUUUUUUUUUUAUUUAAAUUUUAAUAAAUACAAGAGAUGCAGAUCAUGGGGGAAGGGAAUGGACUGGUGAUGCAGGCAAUAAAAGGAUCAAGGAAAAGCAGGUUAUAGCCUUAUAGGGCCGGACUUUCUUUAAGAUCUACUGUGGAUCAAACUAAUUCUGAAGGACGUGCGAAUGAACACCAAUGGAACCAUGAAGCUUUACUAUGACAAGAAGGCAGCAAUCUCAUUAGCUCACAAUUCAGUAAUACAUGAAAGAACUAAACAUAUUGAGAUUGAUAGACACACUUCAUUAAAGAGAAAAUUGAGUUUGGAGAAGUGUGUAUGCCAUAUAUCCCCACAACUCAACAAGUGGCAGAUCUGUUUACUAAAGGGUUAGACAUGAAGACUUAAGAAGCUCUGGUGGACAACUUGGAAUGAUUGACAUCGAUUCGCUAGUUUGAGGGGGAGUGUUGAAGAUCUGUCGCAUAUGGAAAGCUACCAUUCUCGGAAACUCUAAAUAUAGAGUGUCAAGAAUCACAAUUAGUAUGUCCUAAAUUUGACUUUCCUUGUUAGCUAUAAUUUUUUAGAAUUAAUUGUAUAGAGUGAGUUGAUUUCUUUCUAUUUAUAGGCACUUGACUUUAUGUAUAAAAGCAGCAGUAUGUAAUGACAUUAUACACAACAUGAUACAAAGAGUCAUUCGUUAGUUUUUUCUA